AUGGAAUUCACCAUCUCCAAAUGCGUGGCCGAAGAGCUCUCCAAGUUAUCCACAAAGUCAGCGGGAAGGAAAAGCGCGACUACAACGAACAAGAUUAUCGGACUUUUGCUUAUUCUCUCUGUCUUCGGCGUCGGCCGAAAGAUCCAGACGCAGUACUUCCCGCGAGAGGCUGUGGGGAACAUGGACACCACUUAUGAAGGGUCAUGGGAAACGGCCCUAGACGACUUUGUUACGCCAGAGACUGCUCAAGCUCUUGAAAACGACGUCAAACUUCGGCGAAGCAUUCUCGCCAUGGUCGACUUCACUGCAGACAUGUCUAAUAUUCUGGCGACCCGUUACGCGUCUCCUGAGCUGCACGAGGCAACCGAGAUUCUGCGAGCCUACCGUAUAAAAAUGCUCCGUAGCGUUCCCGAAAGCGAAGCCGCCGCUAUUGAGAAGCGCCAGCUGCCCUCACUCGGCAAUCUAUUUGGUGGCGGCGGAGAUGCCGCCCCCGGAGCUGGAGGUAUGAUGGGCGGCCUGGGCAAACUUCUCUCCGGUGGCUUGGGCAACAUUGGAAGUAGCCUCGCUGCAGAUGCUUCCGGAGCGGGCCUCUUCUUGGGUAUCGGUGUUGGGGCCGGCGCUGCUCAGGGACUCAACAUCUCGACAGCCGAAAGGACAUCACAGAUCGCUGCCAAGGUGGCAUCUGAUAACAAGAUGGAAGCAACGGGCUUAAACCCUACCAUUCAGAAUCUCGGCGUUGGCCUUACCUCGAGCCUGCUUGGCGCUGUCAAUGUUUCAUCCCUCACUUCUGGCAUUGACGUGCAGCCACUCGUCAUGUCACUUGCUCAGGGCCUUGGAAACGGCACUGUUGCUGGCCUCAAUCUCAAUCCCGCAUCACCCAUGUUGAUGGUCAGCAAUGAAACAAGCAUUGCCAAUAUCGCCGGUACCCUUGGUUUCGGCUUGACGCAAUCGGUCACCUCAAAUAUCGACACCAAAGCCAUCAUUGGCUCACUGAAUAACCCCAAUAACACGGCUGCCAUCAUGAAAAACCUUCCAGACGCCGCCGCCGGCAUUGGCAGAGGUCUGGGAGAGGGUGCAGCCGUUGGCCUCGGCCUUCAGGCAAGUAUGCCUGUUCCCAUGCGCCAGAUGCCCAACGGCGCAAUCGACAUUCUUGGUGUUUCGCAAACAUUUACUAAGGAGCUGACGGCUAGCUUCUUGCAAAAUGGUACAGCUUCAAAGCUAGCUGGCAUGCUUGGCGGUUCCAUGGGCAUGCAGCCUCCUGCCAACAAUACUGGUGGCAUCCCCAGUACCAUUUCCAUCAACGGGCAGAAUGUUGAGAUCAGCCGUGUUGCCCAAGGUUUCGCCAGUGGACUACUGCAAGGUGCAGGCGACACCAUCCAAGGCAUGGGCGGCGUUCAAGCCCUGGUCGAUUCUAGCUCCAACACGCAGACAGGAAACGCGCGCAUGGGCGCCAUGCCCCCUACAAAAGUUCAAUUUGACGACGGCAUAGGUGGUGCUGCAGCUGGCCUUGGAGCUGGCAUCGGUGGCCAAGGUGUUUUGCUGGUUUCAAUGCUCAUCACCAACCCUACGGGCACCCCGGCGGUCCCUGCGCCUCCUUCAGCUGUACCAGCGCCUGGACUUCCAGCUCCAGACAUGCAAGUCCCGGCUGCACCGGCUCCCGGCAAUAUGCCCUCCCUCCCGGCACGUUGGCGCAGGGGCCUCGGGCUAGCCUCCCGACAGGACCCCUCUGUCAAUGUUGACACGUCAAAAGGCUUCAACCUGUCUGUCAUCAUAAAUGCGCAGACCGUUUCAUCAGCGGCUCAAGGGGGCAUCGAUGCCCUGACGUGCCAGGGCGUGGGCGGUGGCCUCGGCAACAUCUUGCUUGGCUUACUCCGAAGCAAGACCAUCUCGACAGGCUCUCUGAACAACGAUAAUACUACAGAAACAAUCCGGCAGGUGAUUCCCACGGGAAUCAUCAAGAUCAAGAACGAGGGGAACACGUACGCUGUCGAUGGCAGGGUCAUUCGCGAAAGCUUCAGUAAUAACAUACUUGGCGCCGUCAAUGGCAUUGAGAUUAAUGGCAUGAAGCUGGCCGCCUGGAUUGCUUUCAUUGUCAUCCACAUCUUGUUCGCCAUCAUUGCCUUCGUCAAUGUUUUACCCAUCGCGCUCGGCCUCGAGAGCAUGCGUAGCCUGUUGCAUAGAGCCAACCUUCCUCAUCUCCUGCCGAAGAUUCCUAAGUGGAACAAUAUCUUGUGGUUAUUUGUUAUUGCCCCUUCAAUUCUUAUCGUUUUCGUUUUCGGUGUCGUCCUCUAUGGUAACACGCGCCACUUCCGUACCGCUCAUGGAAUCAUCAGUCUUAUUACAACCCUCGUGGGAAUUGCGGCCGUGGCGCUUCACAUUCUUGUCAUGGUCAGAUCGCCGCCUCAGAGCAUCGGCGAACGACUCCCUCAAGGCCUUCUCAGCCUCCCCAACGUCCGCAACAUUGUCAAUCAAGUUUUCCUUUUUUUAGCCGUGGCUUCCGCCAUGACUGGCUUCGCAGACCUCAGCUCCGUUGCACUUUGCCUGACGCAGAUCAUUCCCUUCGACAUUGCGCUUAGUGUAGGCUUCGGCUUAUCGACGCCAUUUGCUCUAGGGUCCUCCACCAUCGGUCUUGAAGCGUACCUGACCUUCCGCGAGGCUCGGAUGAAGAAGAAAGCCUUGAAGAAUGGCAGCAAGAACGAGGAAGUUGUUAUUGUGAAGCUUGCCAGUGACGGAUCUGAGAUGAUUUAA